CAUUCCCUCCAUAUAUCUCCUCUGCGUCGUCGCAGGAUCGAGCCGGAGAUAGCAGAGCGCGCGCGUGCGAGGCCGACAGGUGUGCGGGACGAGGACGGCGGCGGCUGCGAGUUUUGGGCGCGCAUGGGAUGAGACGGCGGUGUGAGCGCGUUGCUUCCAGUGAAUGGAUCGCGGGGGGAGCGCGGGACCCGGCGCCGUCGGUAGCGCCGGCAGCCUCGGCCUCCGGAUCGGGCAGGCCGCCUGCUCGUCGGCGGCGCUCAUGUUCAUGUCCGUCGGCGUCGAGUUCUUCAGCUACACUGCCUUCUGCUUCCUGGUUACGAUCAUGGGCCUGCUGGUCCCGUGGAGCUGCACGCUCGCCAUGAUCGACAUGUACUCCAUACUCGUCCGGUGCCCGCUCCACGUGCCCGGUGUCAUGGCCAUCGUCGUCGUCGGAGACUGGGUGCUGUCGAUACUGUCGCUGGCGGCCGCGAGCUCGAGCGCCGCCGUCAUCGACGUCCUCCUGGAGUUCCAUGGAUCCCACUGCGCCCCGAGGCUGUGCGAGAGGUACCAGCUCUCCGCCAUGAUGGCGUUCCUGUCCUGGCUCCUCACGGCCGCGUCCUCCCUCUUCAACCUGUGGUACAUCGCCUCCAGGUGAGGUGAGGUGAGGGUGGGUGGUCGCCGAUGAGGUCGCCAGACUCUGACCCGCUGAAGCAUCUCUGAAUUCUACUCUGUAUAGCUGGAAGGAAGGUUUUGUAUGUGUAUAGCUGGAAGGAGGGUUUUGUAUUCAGAUUUCAUAAACCUGCCUCUGACUAAUACGCCAUUCUGGGCAUGAUGGAUGCCGAAUUGGUAAAGAUUGUUUCAAGUUAACAUUCCACUUUCCACACGA